AGAUCAGCUGCGUGUGUCGCCUGGCCAUGACUGCCAUGACUGCCAUGUACGCGACACCGAGCGCAUGUCCGUGCGGCGCAGUUUCAGAAGGCUCUCCAAAGCGGCGGAGCUGGCGCUGGAGCUGAACGAAGCCGCCACGAGGGGCGACCAGCACAGGGCGGAGCAGCUCUUUCAGGUGGUCUUACCUCAGCUACCAGAGAAAGCGACGAGGACCUACAACACCUUACUGAAGGCAUAUGCCAAUGCCGGCUCUGCCAAGAAGGCAGUGGAGUGUUACAGCCAGAUGCACUCCAGCCGAGUGCGGACCAACGCAAGGACCUACGGCAAGUUGGUGGAGGCCUACGCAAAGCGCGGGGACCUGGAGAGCGCCCUGGUCUGGGUGGCCCGCAUGGCGAAAAGCUUCGAGGUGGAUCAGGUUGUUCUGAACACCCUCAUGGACGCUGCUGCCCAGGCUGGCCGCGUGCCCGAGGCAGAGGCGCUGAUGUUUGGCCUGAAGCAGUACAGCGUGCAGCCCACGCAGGAGAGCUUCGGGAGUCUCUUGCAUGCCUGUGCCAAGGCAACGGACGUGGUGCAGGCGCGAGGCUUGUUGGGGCGCAUGCGCCAGAGCUGCCUGGCGCCGAAUCGCCACUGCUUCAGCGCUGUGAUCGACGCCUGCGGCAAGGCGGGGAAGUCGGCGGCCGCCAUCGAGGUGCUGGCGGAGAUGCAGAGCCAGCAGGUCGCCCCAGACGUGGUGGCCAUGUCCAGCAUGGUCCAUGCCUUUGCUCGGAACGGGAAGGUGGCUGAUGCCGCGAAGUGGCUGCAGAGGGCCAAAGAGCUUGGCUUAGCUCCCAAUAUCAUCACCUACAACAGCAUGAUCCACGCCUGCGCUCGCAUUGGAGACCCCAAGCAGGCCAUCCGGUGGUUUGAGCAGCUGCAGAUGGCCGGGCUGGCGCCGGCCCUGGCGUCCUACGGGGGGGUCAUCGAGGCCUUCGCGAAGAAGGGGCGGCCCCGGGCGGAGGCCCAAAAGUGGUUCAACCGCAUGGCGAGGCAGCACUCCCCGGACGCCCCAGCCUUUGUGAGCCUGAUUUGGCUCUGCGCUCGGGGGGGCCAGUUCUGGGAAGCCGUGGAGUGGGUGCGGCGUAUGCAGCAGACCAUGCCGCUGGAUGACAGACCCUACAACGCCUUACUGGCGGCCGCAGCGCAAGCCGGAGACCCAGAAGGUGCCUUGCAGUGCCUGGAGAAGAUGAAGGAGAAGUCCCUGCGGGUGAGCGUCCUCACGCACACCAACAUCGUCAAUGCCUAUGGGAAGGCUUCUCAGCACCUCAAGGCAGUGGCAUGGUUGGAGGUGAUGGCCAAUGACCACCAUGCGCCCAACCUGCUCUCCUACACCAGUGCCCUCGAGGCCUGUUUGCGCGUGGCUGCGUGGGACGAGUCCUUACGCCUGCUGGAUGUCAUGCACCAACAAGGCAUCCGCGCUGAUCGUGUGCUGCUGGGCAAGCUCAAGCGGCUGAUGCCUUUAGAGGUGUUCCAGCACUGGUCCUCUGCGCAAUCAUUUCCGACCCGGACCUGACAGCAUUUGACUGAGCCGCCAAACGUGGGGCGUGAAAUGAGGCCUGGCUUGAGUUCGAUCUGAAGUCUCCAAGCGACUUCUACCUGAUUGAGCCUUCUUCGAUGGGCAAGCUUCACUGGGACUUUACGACUCGACUCGGCCGAACUGACGAGGCUGCGCACCAUCCCUCUGGAUAUGUAUCUUAUGGAACUGAUGUGUUUGGCUGGAAGCGACCCCGGAUGCGACAAUUUGUGCUAUGCGAUCAACGUGUCAGAGACUCAUUUCCAGGUGCUGGACAUUUCAAGCUGAUCACUGAAACCCGCCCGGAAAGUGGCUCCGGCAACCACCAGCAGCUUGCCAACUUCCGGAACAUCGACAAUUUAACACCUCACUCAGAGAAUCUACAAUAUGCGGUAUCGCACUCUUAUCCAGAUCAUGCA